AUGUGGUCGUCACGGCUGCCAUUCUUAUUAUGUCCAUCAGGGUCAACGAUUUCAUCAUUCUCUUUGGGCAAUGGAUCAUCGUCAUCGAGUGUCAUUGAUAAUACGAAUAAUAUUAACAACACCGCGGACAGAACGACCAGGGCAAUGACCGCGAUUACAAGAAGAACAUCAGCCACCCUGACACUGAGAUUCCAACCAUCAACAUCAUCAUCAUCAUCGUCAUCACUAAGACGCUGCUUUCACAGCAAAGCUGACUAUCAACAGUGGCGAAAAGACGUUCAAGACUCGGCAUUGAAACCUUCAAAUAACCAAACAACUACCAUGCGCAUGGAACCUUUGGAUUUGCCAACCUUCGCACCCUUUCUACACUCGGUCUCUCCCAUGGCGGAUCAAUUGUUUCUGGCAGGUGUCCAAGACGCUACUCCUUCGUCACCACGAGAUUCCUUGUUGGAAUGUACCUAUCCUUUGGCAUCCAAUGAAAUUCUUCGUUAUUCCGUUACCGACUUUUCCCAUUGGUCGGCCUUUCGAUUGGGAAAGUUCUACGAGUUGGUCGAUGCCUUGACUGCCGAUGUGGCCUAUCGCCAUGCUGCCGCCAAUGAUGGUACCAAUGGAAGUACAGACGACAAUAAUAAUAAUAAUAAUAACAACGAGGAGGUUACCUUGGUGACGGCUGGACACUAUCAUUCUCGAAAAUAUGGCAAAACAGACUUGCACAAAGAUGUUGUAUUGCGAUCCUAUGUCACACAAGUCGGUCGAUCGUCUCUGGAAGUACGGACUGAUGCCUGGCAAGACGAGGAUAAGCUGGUCAACGUAUGUCACACCAUCAUGGUAGCCCUUGAUCCAAAAACCAUGAAACCCUUAUCCAAAGUGGGCAAGGCAUUGCCUCCUUUGAUUUCAGAGGAUGACGGUGACGAGGAUCGGAUUCGAUUGGCGGACCAACAUCAACAAAUUCGACUGGAUCGUUCUCAGAAGGCCAUGCAACUGCGCAACAAGGUAUCCGCUCCUCCCACCAUUGAUGAAAUGGGAGAACUGCACAGACUGCAUCGUCGUCGUGCCCUUCAACGAGAAGGACAAUUCGUUUCGGGUGGUGGUGAUGGUGGUGGCAUCACCGGCAGUAACGAUAACAGCAAUACUCUUGCAUGUUCUCCCACCGUCCAAGACUACACCUUUCGGUCGUCCCGAGUCAUUUUUCCAGAACAGCGCAACGUCCAUGGCAAACUGUUUGGAGGUUUUGUCAUGGCCGAAGGACAAUCCUUGGCCCAAUUUGCAGCAACUUUCUUUGCCAUGGGAAAUCCCAUUGUUCCCAUGGGAAUUGACGAAGCCAUCUUUUUGCAACCCGUAGCCUUGGGAGACAUGGUAACCUUUACGGCGCGGUUGGUCCAUGCCACUGCCACUACCUGUCGAGUCAAUGUGACGGUGGAAGUACGAGAUCCAUCCGCACCUUCCCGAGUGCCCGUGAGAUCCAAUCGUCUCGUCUUUGUCUUUUGUGGAGAUUUUAGUAAUAACAAUAGGGGCAAUGCCGAAAUCAUCCCCGAAACCUAUCAAGAAAUACUCAUGCAUGUGGAUGCCCAACGUCGGCAUGCAGUGGAAGGACCAUGGGAGGAUGAAGUGAAGGGUAUUUUGGAAGAAAUGCAAAAAGGCAAUGAUAGCAGUAGUACCUAG